AUGGCUCGGACCAAACAGACAGCUCGCAAGUCCACUGGCGGCAAGGCGCCGCGCAAACAGCUGGCCACCAAGGCGGCCCGCAAGAGCGCGCCGGCCACUGGCGGCGUGAAGAAGCCGCACCGCUACCGGCCCGGCACGGUGGCCUUGCGCGAGAUCCGCCGCUACCAGAAGUCCACGGAGCUGCUGAUCCGUAAGCUGCCGUUCCAGCGGUUGGUGCGCGAGAUCGCGCAAGACUUCAAGACCGACUUGCGCUUCCAGAGCUCGGCCGUGAUGGCGCUACAGGAGGCGUGCGAGGCCUACCUGGUGGGGCUCUUCGAGGACACCAACCUGUGUGCCAUCCACGCCAAGCGGGUCACUAUUAUGCCCAAGGACAUCCAGCUCGCCCGCCGCAUCCGCGGGGAGAGGAGCAUUGUAUUUGAUCGAAUUGGUGAGAUGUCUGGGCGCGGUAAGGGUGGGAAGGGCCUGGGGAAAGGAGGUGCCAAGCGCCACCGCAAGGUUCUGCGUGAUAACAUCCAGGGGAUUACCAAGCCUGCCAUCCGACGCCUAGCUCGGCGUGGUGGGGUGAAACGCAUCUCCGGCCUCAUCUAUGAGGAAACCCGUGGGGUGCUGAAGGUGUUCCUGGAGAACGUGAUCCGGGACGCUGUCACCUACACUGAGCAUGCCAGGCGCAAGACUGUCACAGCUAUGGACGUGGUCUACGCGCUCAAGCGCCAGGGACGCACUCUUAAUUCGCACCGCUUAUGCAUGGCUCGCACUAAGCAGACCGCUCGCAAGUCCACUGGUGGCAAGGCGCCGCGCAAACAGCUGGCCACCAAGGCGGCCCGCAAGAGCGCGCCGGCCACGGGCGGCGUGAAGAAGCCGCACCGCUACCGGCCCGGCACGGUGGCCCUGCGCGAGAUCCGCCGCUACCAGAAGUCCACGGAGCUGCUGAUCCGCAAGCUCCCGUUCCAGCGGUUGGUGCGCGAGAUCGCGCAGGACUUCAAGACCGACCUGCGCUUCCAGAGCUCGGCCGUGAUGGCGCUGCAGGAGGCGUGCGAGGCCUACCUGGUGGGGCUCUUCGAGGACACCAACCUGUGUGCCAUCCACGCCAAGCGCGUCACCAUCAUGCCCAAGGACAUCCAGCUCGCCCGCCGCAUUCGCGGGGAAAGGGCUUAA